GUACAGGAUUGAAUACGUGUUCAUCACUGUUUUGUCGUCUAGUUGUCUGUUUUUAUGAAAGACUUAUCGUAACCGUGUUGAGCGUGCGUGCGUGAGUCGAGAGUAAGACUCGAGUCCCGUAACUGUUGUUCGCUACUUGUAAAAAAAUUGGGAAACUCGACGAAAGUUCGGUUUUCUAGCCUAAUCAUGAUCCUUGGCUAUCAAUAGACACCUGUCUAGACGACAGUGACGAAAGCAAGAACGUUUGUCCUGGUGUAGUAAUUGGAAACAAUAUGCCUUCCAGGAGAAAUAAUUGUGACCUGCUGGCCAGGGUGAAUUUUCCGCUGUAUACGUUGCAAAUGUUGACGGGUAGGCAUAUCUUAGUCGGUGGUGGUGGAGGAUCCUCGAAGACUGGGGUUGCUAAUGGCUUUGAAAUAUUUGAAUUGUCUCACAAUGGAUGUCAGUUCGUUGCGGAAGAAGUGACCAGACAUGAAACAGGUCCCAGUGUUGUUAUGAAUUGCACAACGUACAAUGAUCAAAAGAGGAUAUGGAUUGCGGCUGGUCAAGAGAGUCACUGUCAGCUGUACGAUGUGAGUAGUAAAGUGGUGAGCGUGAAGAAUGGUGAGGUUGUCAAAGGAGCCAGUGGCAAUUCUAAGGAAGGCAUUAGACACAGAAAAAACAUAGAUAAAGUAGAAGAAACUGUUAUGCCUGAAGAAAGGAUAGAGGAAGUCAAGGAUGACAAUUCAAACAUUAAGAGCAAGAAACUUCAAUUGAUAGUAAAGCCAGCAGAUAGUGUACAAACAGAUUUCAGCAAGGAAGAACCACUUCAGAGGAUCGUUAGAAUAAAUUCAAAUGGAAAAUUCAUGGUCACUGGUGGCACGGAUGGUCAUAUAAGGCUAUGGAAAUUUCCACAAUUGCAUAAACUACAUGAUCUAGAUGCUCACACGAAAGAAAUAGACGACAUAGACUUCAGUCCAGACAGCACACUGAUCGCAAGCAUAGCAAAGGAUGGCAAAGCAUUUCUAUGGAAUGUGAGCAAUGGUUCUAAAUCCAAGGACUUAACUUGGUCACCCCCAAAUGGAUUGAAAUAUAUGUAUAAAAGGUGUAGGUUUAGGAAGCUGGAGGAGGACAAAUCAAAAGCUCAACUCUUUAUGCUCUCCAAUGCAGUGGUUGGAAAGAAUAUUAGUUUUCUUCAAAUGUGGGAUGUGGAGUCUGGAAGUGUUGUCAAGAUGGUACCAUAUAAAGAAACCCUGUCUGCUUUGGCAGUCUCGGACGAUGGAAAGUUUGUGGCAGUUGGAACAAUGUUCUCUGGUAGCGUGGAUAUAUACAUUGCAUUCAGUUUGAGGAGAGCUUUGCACGUACCUGGUGCACAUAGUAUGUUUGUAACUGGCCUAGAAUUCUUACCAACCAAGUUAGAUGGUCCUACCAUUGCUAGUAACACUGAAACUGCGGUUGUCAGCAUUUCUGUGGAUAACAAAAUCUGUAUACAUAGCAUACCGUUUAGACACACACUACCAUUCUGGUUCGUCAUUAUACUGAUUGUCCUUAGUAUUUGUGGAGCGUUCAUCUUCUGUAGUUAUCUCGGAAUAUGACCUGAGAGAAUAUACCUUUAAUACCAAGUACUUUGUGUAGGGUUUUUUAAUAUCAUACAUCGAACUUUCACAGGUGUGUUUCUUUAAUUUAUAAAUGUUAUCGAUAGUAUAGAAAGGAAGGUGUAAUAAUCUGUACGAUUUUAUGAACACGUGUGCACGAUUUUUGUGACAAUAGAUAUUACUACCUAUAAUUUGUUCGGUAGUAAAUAAUUCACGUGCGUGAUUGUUCGAGCGUUUAGAACCUCGUUCGUUCAAUUAAUGUUAAAACAAAUGAAGUGAUGCUGCGAUGAGUAACUACUCUACAUUAGAUAAAUUCUAUGAUAAACAUAAUUGUAAAUAGAUAUCUCUAAAUAAGUUUCUGUUUGGACACACAAAUAGCUACUUUCUCUUCUCACAUAUUUCUUACACUUUAAGAUCAAUUUAUACGGUUUAUUUUGGUACAGAAGGCUCAGCUCAUUUUGACUUUUAUUGCAUUUAUGUGAAUUGUGUUUGUGCAUUGCUCACGUGUAGAAUGGAAUAUAGAUGUCGAGUGUGAAAUGUUAUGUAUACGCCAUAGUAUUAAAGUUUUAAUUUUAUUCUA